AUGAGCGAAUUAUCAUUUAAAGCACAUUGCGCAUUAGCCUUUAUUCUCAGAGUAACUUUAGUUUUUUACUCAAAUUUUCAUGAUGAAACUUUUCAUGUUCCGUACACUGAUAUAGAUUAUAACGUAUUUACUGAUGCCGCAAGACACAUGGUAGAAGGAUUAUCUCCGUUUGAACGAGAUACGUAUCGCUAUACGCCACUGUUGGCUUUACUUUUAACACCAAAUAUUUUCAUAAAUGAAAAUUUCGGGAAAAUCUUAUUUUCCUUUAUUGAUAUUGUGGUGACUGUUUUGAUAAAAAAAAUUUUAACUUUACAAAAUUGUAAUGAAAAAUUACAACGUAUUUGUGCCUUUACGUGGCUUUAUAAUCCUUUUACGAUUGUAAUUUCAACCAGAGGAAAUGCAGACACUAUAUCAGUUUUUUUAGUUAUGCUAACUUUAUAUUUAUAUUUGCAAGAUAAAUUCAUUCUAGCAGGUCUGUUUCAUGCUUUAUCAGUCCAUUUUAGAUUAUAUCCUAUAGUGUUUAGUAUACCCAUGUAUUUUUCUCUUCGUGACAAGAGUUAUUUCAUACCGACUAAAAAUCAGUUAAAGUUGGUAUUUAGUUGUGUAUCAUUACUAUCUUUUUUGACAGCUAUAAAUUAUUAUUUUUAUGGUUAUCAGUAUCUGUAUGAAAGUCUUAUUUAUCAUGUCAUACGCAAAGAUACGAAACAUAACUUUUCUGUUUACUUUUACAUGCUGUAUUUAUCUGCUAAUCAGCCGUCUAACAUAAUUGAAAAAAUUUGCACGUUCUCACCACAAUUGGUAUUACUGUUGUUAUUGUCAUAUAAAUGUUCAAGCAAGUCUCUAUUACCAUUUGCAAUGUUUACACAAGCAAUGGUAAUGGUGACGUAUAAUCCAGUACUAACAUCGCAAUAUUUUUUUUGGUAUUUGUCUCUUUUACCAGUGUGUCUUCCGCGGUUUGGAUUAAGUUUACGUAGAUCACUAUAUUUAUGUUUGGUUUGGAUCCUCAGCCAAAGCCUCUGGUUACUGGCUGCUUAUUUAUUGGAAUUCCAAGGGUUAAAUACUUUUACGUGUAUAUGGAUUGCUAGUUUAUUUUUCUUUGCUGUUAAUGUUAAAAUUUUAAAUGAUAUUAUCGCAUACUAUAAGUACUAAUUAGAAAUUCAAAAAAAAAAAAAAAAAAAAAAAAAAAAAAAAAAAAAAAAAAAAAACAUCGAAGUUAAAUAUAAAGAUAAAGAAAUAUGUUAUUCAUGCAACAUCAAGUGAAGUUCUGUGAAAAUAAAAAAGAAUAAAAUUGAAAAUAAGAUGUCCAAA